UUCCUGUUGCCUUAUCAGUUCUCUGAAGUCUUGAAAGAGCUGACACUAUAGACUUCCUUUGACCUACUUCUAACUCAUCGCAGCGUAUUAAGAGCCAUUUUAGCUUUUUUGUUCAAAUUUCUACUCGGAAAUUGGCAAAUGGCUAGCUAGAAUGCCGCAAACACUUUGUAUUGACUCGCUAUGUAUUUUUGGGGUGUUAUAGUCUUUUUAAUAUUGAUCUUAAGUUUUGUUUUAUGAUUGAGUUGAGUACAUCCAUUUAAUUCAGAUGAGAGAAGCAAAUCACUGCCUACACUUUAUAAUUUUAAAUUAUUUUCAAAAUGUGGUUCUAUGUGUUGGUGUUGACACUAGCCUCUUUUGACUCUGUGCGGAGUUGCACAGAAGAGAUGCUAAAAAAUCUCCCGGAAAGUACCUGCAAUGAAUGUCCAGCAGGCUUUCACAUUGAAAAAGGAACCUCCAAAUGCAUAAAAUGUAUUGCGGGCAAAGAAUUCACUGCAAUACGAAAUAGUGAUGUAGCUUGUAAACGCUGUAAAGCAUGUGAUGAAAGAGCCUCUCAAAUGGUGGUGAAGAGUUGUGAGCCCAAGAGUGACACUGAAUGUGGCUGCAUGAAGAGUUACUACCCAAAGAAAUCCAGACAUAGUUUGCAAUGCUUCAAAUGUCAAACUAAAGACUGUUCAAACUAUUCAGAAUGUACUGGCACCUCCUGCACCAGUACUACGACUCAGAGACUCCCAACCUUGACACCCAACCCCAGCAUCAUUCAAACAGGUCCAGACCAUUAUUCCCUUCUGACCAUCGGGUAUGUCUUUGUGGUUGUCCUGGUGACCACUCUGUUAAUUGCCGGUCUCCUUGUCCUGACUAAGGGUGGAUGGAUGGUAUGUGGCUGUUGUGCGACCCCUGAAAAGGACCUUGAGUUGCCUACAAGGGACAGAUCAGCCAACGGUCAGCCAAAUGGCCCAACAUCACUGACACUGAAUAUUACUCAAGGGAUUCCCAUGACGACAUUCUCUCACAGUGCUGCCAAGACGGAGUAUCACACCCUUGUCACACCCCUGUUGCAAGGCAGAGAGCCCAGAAUCCCUCGACAGGAGACCCAGGAGGAGCGCUGGCCCGCUAAGGUGUUGUACGCCAUCAUCAAGGAGGUGCCUCUGCGACGCUGGAAGGAGUUCCUGCGCCUGCUCUCUUUGCCCGACCGACAUCUGGAGCGUGUGGAUCUGGAGCCAGGCCUAGGCUCCAUGGAACGGCAGUACCAGAUGCUGCGGCUGUGGAGCCAGGGCCCGGCUGCAGGCCUGGAGGAUGUCUACUCUGCUCUGCUCUACAUGGACCUGGCCGGCUGCGCCCACCAGCUGCAGGACAGCCUGGAGCAGCUGCAAGCGCUCCAGUCGAUAGCCCCAACCAAUGACAUCACUGCAGAGAACCACAGAGUCUGGAGGCUUACUUAGCCCCAGCACCACCACAUAUGAUUGUGGAGGCUGCUGGGACAUCACUUAUGACUUCACCCCAGAAUAAGAUCAUACCCAGAUGUGAAUAUGACAUCAUGACAGCAUCAUAAGACCAUGAAGGCUGUUCUUUUCUUCUUCUUUUGAAAUAGAUUUGAGUCUUUUUAUAUUUUAUUUACAGUAAUUCACGAAUGAGAAUGAGAGACUGAUGGAGAGAGUGAAUUAGACAUAGAUCAAACCCCCACCACCAAGGACCAUGUGACAUCAGGAGUCGGCAGUUCUACCACUACUAUAGUCACCGGUGCUAGAGGCGUCCCUCACCCACCGAACUGUAAAUAUGAUGUCACCACCUGGACAGUAGUCUUCCUGUUCAAGUCCCACUUCAGAGACUGGUCACCUGCAGGGUUUGGCAGGUUACUUUCUAAAUGUAAUCCGUUACAGUUACUAGUUACCUGUCCAAAGUUGUAAUAAUUAAAAACUUCUUGACGCACGGAUCCCUUUAGCGGGAUCAUUUUCAUCAACAACCGCUAAAUUGCAGAGCGCCAAAUAAAAUAAAAAAUGCUAAAAAUAUUUAUAUUCAUGAAAUCACAAGUGCAAUAUAGCAAAACACAGCUUUACUUGUUGUUAAUCCACCUGUCGUGUCAGAUUUUGAAAAUAUGCUUUACAGCGAAAGCAAUCCAAGCGUUUGUGUGAGUUUAUCGAUCACUAGACAAAACAUUAAGAACACCUAGCAGCAAUGUAGAUUGGUCACUAAAGUCAGAAAAGCAAUACAAUUAAUCGCUUACCUUUGAUGAUCUUCGGAUGUUUGCACUCACCAGACUCCCAGUUACACAAUAAAUGUUAUUUUUAUUCGAUAAAGAUUAUUUUUAUAUCGAAAAACCUCCAUUUGUUUGGCGCGUUAUGUUCAGUAUUCCACAGCCUUAGGCAGUUCAUCAAGGCUUGACGAAAAUUCCAAAUAGUGUCCGUAAAGUUCGUAGAAAAAUGUCAAACGUUUUUAAUAAUCAAUCCUCAGGUUGUUUUUAACAUAAACAAUCGAUAAUAUUUCAACCGGACUGUAGUGUUGCACCUUGCUCUGCAAGGGCCGUGGCUUUUGUGGAGCGAUGGGUAACGACGCUUCGUGGGUGACUGUUGUUGAUGUGUGCAGAGGGUCGCUGGUUCGCGCCCGUGUCGGGGCGAGGGGACGGUUUAAAGUUAUACUGUAACAUUGAUGCUGUUGACCCGGGUCACUGGUUGCUGCGGAAAAGGAGGAGGUUGAAAGGGGGGUGAGUGUAACGGAUGUGAAAUGGCUAGCUAGUUAGCAGGUACGCGCUACUAGCGUUUCAAUCAGUUACGUCACUUGCUCUGAAACCUAGAAGUAGUGUUGCACCUUGCUCCGCAAGGGCCGCGGCUUUUGUGGAGCGAUGGGUAACGACGCUUUGUGGGUGACUGUUGUUGAUGUGUGCAGAAGGUCCCUGGUUCGCGCCCGUGUCGGGGCGAGGUGACGGUUUAAAGUUAGACUGUUACAUAUGGAACAGUUGGAGAUAUUGAAACAAUGUUGCAAAUGUCGGAGAGACAGACAGUAAGGUUUAUACAAAUCUCCUCUGUUGAAAACUAAAUGUGAGAUAAUGUUUAGAUGCUUUUUAUGUGAAGUUUAACUUCCCUGCCUAGGCUGAGGAGACAGUGUAUUGCGCAGUCAUUUUAACGUCAUAGAUUUAGCCGGUGGUAACUUCUGGAAUAGACACCGGCUGGAAUGCGCUUUUAACCAAUCAGCAUUCAGGAUUAGACCCACCUGUUGUAUGAAGGGAAAUAAUGCAUGCUCUAGAAUGCCCUUCAAGCCAAUCAGAAAUGAGUGUUCAACAAUGCCAUGGUAUAAAUGGAAUUAAUACUAAGUACACAUAGUAUUAUGUAUAGAUUCUUAGAUUCUUACCUUGUCACCUCAGGGAUUAGAUCUUGCAACCUUUCGGUUAUAAGUUUAAUGCUCUAACCACUAGGCCUGCUGCCCCAAAUAAUGACAUCAUGGCAGCAUCACAAGACCAAUCAAGAGGACCAUUUCAAUCCCAAAAAAACUGAAUCAAGCAGUGGAACAACUUAGUAUCGUAUAGAAAUGGGUUUGUUUGGGGUGAUAAUGUGUCAGCUAUUAUGUAACCUUGGUGAAGACUGUAUCAGAGGAGGAUCGUUGUAAUGAUGGGGCAGUGAGUCGAAAGCAGGAGCAGGUGAAACGUUUUAAGAAAACAACAACACCAAGAACGCGCCGCUAACAUAAGGCAGUACGCCGAGACACAAGAACAAUAUCAACUAGUGAGUGAACCUGGGAGAAUGACAUAGAAAGGGGAAGAAAUGAUGAAGGUAAUGGAGUCCAGGUGAUUCACAGGUGCGCGUAAUGAUGAGUGCCAGGUGUGCAUAAUGAUGAAUGCCAGGACCAGUGGUUGGUGACAGAUGUGACAAUCGUAAUACAAGCACACUAUCCCUUUUCCGUAAUUUUUUAAAAUUAUAUAUAUAUAUAUUUGAUUUGAGAUUUUUUGUGUUAUCAGUAAUGUUCUGGUAUUUUUUUAAAUGUGUUUACCCAUUUCUGGUGAUAAGUAUGUUAAUAACAUAAGUAUGUUAAUUGUCAGAGAAAGAUUUGUA